AUUAUUUUGUCUCUGUCCAUUUUUUGUGUCUUAUCUUCAAUACGAAAGCAAAGUUUCUUUAACAUAAAAAUACUUUUUACUUGCUAUAAUACAUUUGCCUGUGACGGUUUUCAGUAAAUGUUUACUUCUUUAGCCGCUAUAUAAUAAAGUGCCAUUAACUUUAAGAAUCAGUGUUUAUUAAAAAGGUAUAUUUUUUACGUAAGAUGCUCGUCAGAAAUUUAUCUCGGAGGCUGUGGAGCACAGUGCGAUAUGAAAAAAGGUUUCUGGCUUCAGAUCCUGCAAAACCCCAGCCAGAAAGCAAUGAAGGGGUUGAACAAAAUCAGGCUGAAGCACUAGAUAAAGAUAUAUGUCUGUUAGUUGAUGAGAAGGAUAACUUUACUGGUACAGCAACAAAACGUGAUUGUCACAAAGUGGCUGCUGACGGUAGUGUGCUGUUACAUCGUGCCUUCAGUGUUUUCCUUUUCAAUAAACGUGGAGACAUGCUCUUACAGAGAAGAGCCAGUCAGAAGGUGACAUAUCCAGAUUAUUACACGAAUGCGUGUUGCAGUCAUCCACUCUACAUAGAUGAUAAGCCUGAAGAAAUUAUAACAGCAGCAAGGAGAAGGCUAAACUUUGAAUUGGGCAUUCCUCUAGAUCAGAUGGACCCGGAACUGUUCACAUUCCUGACGCGGGUGCACUACCACGACCCCGGCGACGGCGUGUGGGGCGAGCACGAGAUAGAUCACAUCCUCUUCUUCCAAAGCGACGUCAAGGUCAAACCAAACCCCAACGAAAUAUCAGAAUACUGCUACGUACCUAAGAAUGAAUUCAAUGCAUUUAUUCCGACACUGGAAGGGCCACUAACCCCGUGGUUCAACAUGAUCCGCCGCCAUCGCUUGAAGCUCUGGUGGGACAACCUGCAUCGCCUUAACGAGCUCGCAGAACCAGACAAGAUAAAUAAAUUCCUUAACGAAAAGUAAAACUAUCGAAAUGGCAAUUAUUAUAUUAGUUUCUCAAAAUA